AUGAGCUGUUUGAAAUCCAAUUUAUAUCAAAUAAUUAAACAGAUAAACAUAAAAAACUUAGUAAGUCCUCUUAGGCUUAUCAAUCCAUUGUUUAAAGUGCUUUUAUUAGGCAAUUUUUUCACAAUUUUAUGAAUUUAUAAUUAUUUGCUUAUCAAUUUUACUAUUCCCUUAUCAUUAUCAACUUUUUCAAUGAAAAACUCCAGAGAAAUGCUUAAGAGGAUAUAG